AUGGCUCUUGACACUCAAACGGUGGCACAAGUUCAACUAGUUCAACCUAUUCAAGCAGUUAGUUGUGAAAUUUGUGGGGGACCUCACUUCGCCAUGCAUUGUGUGGCAACUGCACAACAGGUAGAAGAGAUUAAUUUUCUGAAGCAGAACAACCCUUACUCCAAUACUUAUAAUCCUGGGUGGAAAAAUCAUCCAAAAUUUUCCUGGAAGGACCAGCAAGGAAAUGCUCAUAAGCAAGCGCCCACCCAAUAUCAAAGCCAACCACAACAACAGUAUCGACCACAACAACAGCAACCUUACCAGCAGCAGUUUCACCAAUCCCAACAACAAUUUCAACAACAGGUUCCAAGAAAAGCAAAUUGGGAAAUUGCCAUUGAAAAAAUGACGGCUCAAAGUUCACAAUUUCAAGAGGAGACUAGAAGUAAUCUGAGAAACACUGGUACUUCAAUAAAAAAUCUGGAAGUGCAAAUGAGUCAGAUUGCUCAACAACUUGCGGGUUCUCAAACACCGGGUGCAUUAUCGAGUGCUACAGUUACAAAUCCACGAGAGCAUAAUAAUGUGAGUGUUGUAACCACAAGGAGUGGUAAAUCGAAACAAGUCCCUGAGAAAGAUGAUGACCAAGAAGACCAAUUGCUUGAAGUUGAGUUGGAAAUAAAAGAAAAUGAGGUUGGGAGUGAAGAGGUGGUGGUACCUAAACUGGUGGUUAAAGAAAAAGUUAGUGAAUCAAAGUUGGUUAUCAAACUCCCUUUCCCCACAAGAAAUAAGAAGAAAGAGCAACAUGAGAAGAACUUCGAGAAAUUUUUGGAGAUGUUCAAAAAGCUUGAGAUUAACAUUACGUUCUUAGAGGCACUUGAACAAAUGCCCUCUUAUGCUAAAUUUAUGAAGGAUAUUAUUUUUAAAAAGAGGAGCACUGACACUGACCCUAUUGUACUAACCGAAACUUGUAGUGCAAUUUUGCAGGGUAUGACGAUUCCAGUGAAGAAGAAAGAUCGAGGCUCGGUAACUAUCCCUUGCACUAUCGGGGAUAGGUUUUUCAAAAAGGCCCUUAUAGACUUGGGGGCAAGUGUGAGUCUCAUGUCGUUAUCCAUUUACAAGAGGUUGGGGAUUGGAAAAGUGCAAGAUACCAUAAUGACACUUCAAUUUGGUGACCACUUUGUGAAGAGACCUUAUGGAGUGGUGGAAGAUGUUCUUGUGAAGAUUGAUAAGUUUGUAUUUCCGGUGGAUUUUGUCAUCUUAGAAAUGUCGGAAGAUGAAGAGAUACCACUCAUUCUUGGUAGACCAUUUUUGGAGAUCGGAAGAUGUUUGAUAGAUAUAGAAGAGGGCACCAUGACUCUAAAAGUUUACGAUGAAGAGUUAAAAAUUGAUGUGCGUAACACCAUGAGAUACAAAGAUGAUGUGGCUACCAGCCAACACAUAGAGGUGAUUGAUCAAAUGGUUCUACAAAAUAAUCCUUUAGGUGAACCACAAUUGCCCUUGGAGAGAGUUCUAAGUUUAUCAAUUUCUAAAGACACUCAAGAAGUUGAUGAAAAGGAGAGGGAAGUGUUAACUAUGAUGGCAACACAACCACCCUUUAAGGGAUCCCGAUCACUCCGAUGGGAAAACUUGAGGGAACCCCAGGUUAAGGAAAAGAAAUAUGAGACAAGAAAGUGCCUGAGCUGA